CAACCUUUCACGAGCAAGAAGAAGAAGAAAAAUAAUUAAAGGGUUGAUACUCAGUCUCUCUUCACUGAUACAUAGAUAAUACUGAUAAUAUAUAAGCGUAAAUAAAAUCGAGCUCCUUGUGGACAUUUCGGUGAAAUUGCAAGAGACGUCUCAAUCAACCUGAGGAAUUACUACAGCUAAAGUCCCCCCUCUCCGCCCGAUCCCGCCCGAUGCCGAGCACACCGGCCAGCCUUCACAGCGAGUGGUAGAGGGGGGGGGGUUGGUGCCAGGCCUCGGCCCAUGAGUGUUGCCCUGCCCUGCCAGGCCUGAGGCGGUGCCAGUGACUCGGCUGUGCUGGGGCACGGCCCGAGGCUUUUGCCUGGAUUCGUCAAAGCAGCAGCCGCCCGGCGGCGCCCGCAGUGCCAUGGACCAUCCGAAAGAUGGCGAGCGGCCGGCGCGGAGUAGCAAGGUGGUCCAGGGGCGCAGCGGGCACCCCAGACCCUCCAGCUCCUCCGCGUCCUCCGGAGUGCUGAUGGUCGGGCCCAACUUCCGCGUGGGCAAGAAGAUCGGCUGUGGCAAUUUUGGAGAGCUGAAGCUUGGUAAAAAUCUCUACACCAACGAGUAUGUGGCAAUUAAACUGGAACCAGUUAAGUCGAGGGCACCGCAGUUACAUUUGGAGUACCGGUUUUAUAAAACGUUAGGAAGCACAGCAGAAGGGCUCCCCCAGGUGUUUUACUUUGGGCCCUGUGGGAAAUACAAUGCCAUGGUUCUAGAGCUUCUGGGCCCCAGUUUAGAAGACCUCUUUGACCUUUGUGACAGAACCUUCUCACUAAAGACUGUUUUGAUGAUCGCUAUUCAGCUGAUCUCCCGGAUGGAGUAUGUGCACUCUAAAAACCUCAUCUACAGAGACGUAAAGCCUGAAAACUUUCUCAUUGGACGGCAAGGAUGCAAAAAAGACCACAUCAUCCACAUCAUUGACUUUGGCCUGGCCAAAGAGUACAUCGAGCCUGAAACCAAAAAACACAUCCCAUACAGGGAGCACAAGAGCUUGACUGGGACAGCCCGAUAUAUGUCCAUUAACACACAUUUGGGGAAAGAGCAAAGUCGUCGAGACGAUCUAGAAGCCUUGGGUCACAUGUUCAUGUACUUCCUCCGUGGGAGUCUGCCUUGGCAAGGGCUUAAAGCGGACACACUGAAAGAGCGCUACCAGAAGAUCGGAGACACAAAAAGAAAUACUCCUGUUGAGGUUCUCUGUGAGAGCUUCCCAGAGGAAAUGGCCACCUACCUGCGCUACGUGAGACGCCUGGAUUUCUUUGAAAAGCCCGAUUACGAAUACCUGAGGACCCUGUUCACGGAGCUGUUCGAACGGAAAGGAUACACCUUUGAUUACACCUACGACUGGGUCGGCAGACAGAUACCCACACCGGUGGGGUCCGUCAAUGUGGACUCUGGAGCUUCUGCCAUCACAAGAGAGAGCCAUCCGCACAGAGACCGGCCCGCACAGCACCAACCCAUGAGGAAUCAGACUGCAGCGUCCGACCGGCGGGGAGCGUGGGAGGUUCAGCCCAGUCGGACAAACUCCUCCUACAUGGCCUCCCACCUGGCAUCGGACAGGCACGGGGGCUCUGUGCAGGUGGUCAGCUCGACCAAUGGGGAGCUUAAUGUGGAUGACCCUCUUGCAGCCCACUCCAACGCACCAAUCACAGCCCAGGCCGAGGUGGAGGUAGUGGAUGAGGCCAACUGCGUGAAAAUGCUCAACCUGUGGUGCUGCUGCUUCUUCAAGCGAAAACGAAAGAAGAACACUCCGCGGCAAAAAUGAUCAGUGCCACAGCUGGAUGGUUCAGAAGUCUGGCUCAGAUCUGGUUGACAAAAUAAAGUCCCAUUUCAGACCAACCAAGAUGACCUGGGGAGAGUGUUGAGUUGUGACAUGUACACCCCUCAACCACCCACCCCAACCACCCUGUCGCCCCACUACUAAAACACCCUCCUACAAGUGUGGCUAUCUCUCCAUGGGAUUUCCUUUAGAUGUUUUUCUUUUUCCUCCCUGAUGUUUGGGAAUAUUUGGCGGGCCCUGUUUUAGCUGGGUUUGGGAUCUUCCGUUUAGGGAUUUAGCAGAGACUGAGAGACGGUGGCGUCAUUUGCACUUUUUGGUUUCUGCCCUCUUAUCGAUAGUUGUUUUUAAUGGUGGCGUGCCCCCGCCCCCCCCCCCACACACACCUCACAGUUUUCCCUGUGAACAAGUCUUGUCCAUGUUUUUCCAACUGAUUAGAAGUGAGCACAGUUCUUUUGUCAUUCCUCAAAUGUGACUGAAUGUACACCCUGUCCCUGAAGCAGCAUUAGAAACAACGGUUAACUCCAUGUUUCCGCCCUGUGUGUGUUGGCCCUUGGAUUAAUUUCACUCUCUGCAAGAACAACGUGACCUGUGGCCGCUGCAACCUCCCCCAAAGGGACCUGAGACUGCAUCGUGUGGGGAGUAGUCCUGAAACUAUGGAGUAUGGAGCCGUGCAAUGUCUUCUGUGUUGUCUGACAGAUUAUAUACAAGCUGCUUAUUUUAAAGCACUCCAAUGCUGCAGCCAGUCUCUUCAGUACGCUGCUCCUCAAGUCUCUUCAGUACGCUGCUCCUCAAGUCUCUUCAGUACGCUGCUCCUCAAGUCUCCUGUGCUUAUUUGGUCCCUUUGAAAUUCGCGAUCAGUUUACGGUUGACACUUGUCGAUGGCAUGAAUGAUGAACAAAACCGAUUUAAUUCCGCCUCUCAGCCUCCUGCUCUUUCAUUAACCCCCACACACACACACACACACACACACUGAAUGUACGUGAGGAGAGAGUGUGUGUGUGUGUGUGUGUGGGGGAAUUUAGAAGAUUGUUCAAGUUUUGGGACAGAAAAGCUUUUUGGCUACUGAUUACAUAUAAAUGAUGGACCGUUACCAGUUGGAACUGCUAUGCCUCUAUAAAAGGUUUGGACUUCAGUGUAACAAUGUCCGCAUGGUAUCAAACUCUUAGGCUUUCCUCUACACUGCACGCUUAGGAGAGAAGCAAGCAAGACUGUCCUGAGUGCCGUCUUUAAUUCUGAGCACUGGACACCGACACUGCUUACCGCUUCUGUCCUAACGCCUUAACCAAACCGCCACCCAGCAGAACCAAGAAAGGGCGCCGGGCUGCCGGGCUUGAACUAUACUGACGUGACAUCUAUGGUCCCUCGUUGAUGAUGUAACACCAGCCAAUGUGGCGUUUGCUUACCCACUGGACGGAUCAAUGGAGUAGGUUCUGCCGGUGGUUCCCGAGAUCAUGUCAGCUACUGUAUCCAGGUGGAACUGUCAAGGUUCCUUCAAUAGAUUGCUGUGUUAUUUCCAGAACCGGUGUGCGGAAUUGAGUGCCGUGUCAGCUUUGUACAUUCGAUCUCGAUCUGCGACGUGUGUAAUCUUGCAGCGCCAUGCAUAAGCCUCUGGUCUCAUGGAAUUGACGUUCACUGUCGUUGAGUGGAUGACCUCUCGCGUUCUCUUGCCGUCUUUCUCCUGUGUAUUUGCCCUGCGCUGCGAAGCAUCGUCUGUAACCACUAAUGAUAACGAUGAAUGAUCCCAAAUUCCAGGUCCCAAAAUGUCCCAAAUGAAAUCCUGGGAUUGCCUCAAGGAUAUUGAAAAGUACCUAGUGAAAAUCUGUGUAUACUGUAAUUUUGUUUAAUAUUACUGUUUUUUUUUUUCUUUGUUGAAAGUGUCAUAGAGGAUUGCCUUGAACUAACAGACUUUAUGUUGACAGUCACUUUGCCUGUCCUCUUAAUGCCUUUCCAUAGCAUUAAUUCCAUUGGAGUGACAUUCAAGUUUUAUGUAAUUAUGUUCAUUUUUUUAAUAUAUAGCUAAUGUGAAUUUCAAAUGUGAGUGCAUUUAUUUUUCUGUUCCAAAUGGCUAUGAAUCGUGGGAGAAGGACGGGGGGGGGGCGAAAGCUAGACUUUUGACUGCACUACAUUUGUGGACCCACUGUUGUUGACCGGAGAGGAUCUGCCUUCUCCGUACUUCUGUGAUUGCUGUACUUCACUGUCAUCCGUUGUAGCGGCCUUACCUGGCAGGUCUGUCCUGACCUAUACUUAACCCUGUGUAGGUCUGUUCCUUGUUCAGCCCGUCUCCCCUGUGCCAUGAGAUGUCCACGCAGACGUGCGCACGCCGGACGUAAAUGAAUGAAGUGACGUGUCGCCUCCUGGCGGGGUGUCUGACGCGGAUGUCACAUUGACCGGGGUCAUGUUCAGUGGGGCACGUCGUAGCGAAAUGUUUUUUUUUUGCAACUGACGGACAGCUGCGUUAUUGUACAAGUUCAGGUAGCACUGCUGAGCGUGACCCAGGCUGGCCGUUCCAGAUGGAGGCAUAAUGCCUGAGAGAACGCCAACCGGCUCAACUGACCUCUAGGAGGAAGCGUGCUUGCUGCGCAUCAUGAUAUUGUAGUGUCUUUUUUUUUUUUUUCUUCUCUUUCUCCCAUUGUGACUUAAGCUAGUUCCUAUGGGGUCUAAGUUAUUGUGUUGAGAGUACUUGAAUAUGAUAAAUCUAAUGAAAAGGUUUAUGUUGACCGUUUCUAGAGCAGUAUGUUGUUGUCGUGUGUGUCCCCCCCCGCCCCCAUCCCCAGAGAUGGCUUUGAGGUGAUGAUGGUGAGAAGGCUUUUUGAAUGACUGGUUUUCCUCAGUGAUGCACCAUUAGUGCCUCUUGUCUGGGUGUUCAAGAGCAGGGUUUGGUGUCGCUGUGUAGCCUGUUUCCAUUAUAUGUCUGUGGGUGACUGGUUUAGCAUAGAGUAGGAUUGGCACCCAGUCAUUCGAGGACAUCAGUCACUGCUGAACAAAGGUUGAUUUCAGAAAGUUUGCCAGCAGAAUGUCUCCACCUGCUGGGUGUAGUGUUCUCUGGCAGACUUAUCAAACCAGUGUUGCUCAGUAUGUUGUUGGGACGUAGGGGGUCCCCCAGACUGACUGUACAUUUUUGUUCCAGCCCAGCGCUAACAUUCAGCCAAUCACCAAAUCCCUAAAUAGCUGAAAAAUGAAUUUUGUGUUAAUGCUCGACUUUAACAGAAAUGUUUCUUCCAGGGACGUAUUAAGAAACACUUUUCGUUUACCUAUAUUAGCCAUCAGUUAUACUGCAAUGUACCGGUUCCCUUUGAACGUGUAAAGUAUUGUUAAAUGUAGUGAGAUGGACAUCUAGAGAAUGGCUUCCUUAUGUUGUUAAUGCCAUUCUAAUGACUACUAUCCAACACCGCCUUCACCUGUGCCAGGGAAAUGGAAACUAGAAAUCUGAUUAAAUAUCUGCUUGUGCCCCACUGUCCUUUGGGGCUUUUUUUUUUUUUUUUACGCACACCUGUAAUGUUUAAAGAGAAUACAAGGACUGUUGAGGUUUGGAACAAGCAAAUUAACUGUUAAUGUUUGGAACUAGCAAAUUAAAGUAUUGUGUUCUUGAUGUGGCUUAGACUAAUUACAUAAUUUGAAGGGUAAUUAUUGAAACAUUAGUCAAUUCAUUUCUGUCUUUUAUUUCACAUCUACCAAACGUUUUUCAAUUUCAGUUGACCAAUUUUAGUUUGGAGUGGAAUGUCACUUGUAUACUUUGAUCAUUCUGUAUCCAGCCUGAUUUCCAACUUUCAAAAGUGGUAAAAUUCUGGCAUUGAAUCACAUGUUCCUUCCUGCAAUUCGGCAAUAACAGAUGAUAAACAGGAAUAAUGCAAAUUGAAAUGUACAUUCUAGUUUCCGCAAAACUUGCCUAUCCACAGCCUGACUAGAAGGAUCAAUAUUUGCUGUAGUGUGUAUUUGCAUGGCUUUUCUGGAGAAGAUGGCUGUCUAUUUAAUGGAAGGGCUAUCCUUAGUGGCUGUAUGGGACAUGAAGCCAAGCAACCAUACAAAGUUAUUCUGUCUAGCCAUAAUAGAGCUGUACAACGGCCUAAUACAUACUUUUUUUGUUGGAGUCAUCACCAGAGCACAUUCCAAUAUUAUUUCUUGUCAUUCCUAAUACAGUACUACUACACCUUCCUGUCAGUCAGAGGGUAUUGCUUUCAAUUGACUUAGUGUCUUGUUAUUCACAAUUUCUUUCCUGCAUGUGUCAAAAUAGCGUUUAUAUCCUUAUAGCAGCAGAGAAAGGAAUUGAGAGAAAUGACAGUUUUUUUUCUUUUUGUGGGGAGGGGGUUCUCUGGCACUUUCUGUAACUGUGCUGUCUCGGUUUUUUGGGGAGGAGGGUUGACUGUACAUUAUAUCUGGGAGAGAAGUCGGGUGUGACACAUGAUUGCAAUAUUGUGAUGACUAUUUGAAAUUGUAAAUUGUACAGAGUUCACCAUUAUAGUUCAGUUUUUUCGGGGGGUCAGUUGGAUUCUGGAAAAAAGAAAAAAAGUAAGAAACAAAAGUCACUCUGGUUUUUCUUUCAAACUGUGGAAAACAGAAUUGUACAGUACCACGAGAGUUUAUCCCAGCCCCUUCCCCACCACACUCUGGCUCUGGCAGUUGAUUACAAGUUUAAUCUUACAGCUGUAUUAUGAAUAUUAUUGUGUUGAAAUAUGAAUGUUACUUCUAAAAUGUAUUUGAAUGGUUUAACAUAGUUAAGGGCUUCAUAAAUGAAGGACCCAUCCCCCAUUUUUUUUCUUGCUUUUAUUCUUUUACUUUUUAAGUUGCAGAAAGAUAAAGGUCCUUAAUCUUUUUAUCUGAAAUGCCUAUUUUCCUGAGGAUUAAUGUGAGUCGUGUCACAUGUAACCUUACAAAUUCACUUUUUAUUCCCUCCACACUUUAAAGGGAAACUCGAGUUUGCACCCUUUUUUAUGUAAAACAAAUUAAAAAAAAAAAAAUCUCUCUUAACCUUUCUUUUGAGUAUGUC